AUGGACGAGCUGAACGAGAGAGCUGACGGUUUUGUUCGCCUUGAGGAGGAAGAAGCAGCUAAUUCAAGGAAGACAUCAAUUAUUUCGACGGAGGAGAAGUCCAAAGCUAAGAUCCGGAACCUAAGGAGGCAGGUAGAGAUGCUAAUCGCAAAAGGGGAAUUUGCAAGCUAUGUUCAAGGUCCGACGCAAGAGCAUAACCGCCCGACUGAACAAAUCAAGCGGAACCAGAGGCCAAAUCAACACAACUCUCAGCCCGUCCAGAUUAUAAAUGCAAUUCAUGGCUGGCCUGAACAAACGAUAGAGUCAGAGGAGUUGCUCAAAAUGAGGUUACACCAGGCCCAACUGAAAAGAAGAAUUGGUAGUGUGCAUGCUUUGCACCUGCAGAACACAUCCACAUCGAUAAAGUUUGAUAAAAUGGACCUGCUACGCGUUCAGAUUCCUCAUGAAGAUCCACUAGUCGUUAGUUUGACGAUUGCAGAAUGCCUGGUUCGGAGAGUCCUGAUUGAUUCAGGAAGUAGUGCGAAUGUCAUGCCCAGGGUGACAUUUGACCGACUGGAGAUCGAACUCGAAAAACUCAAACCCACAGGAAAUCCGUUGCUCGGAUUUGAUGGGAAGCGAGUGGAACCCAUUGGAAUAGUGGAAUUGACAGUACAAGCCGCUGAGCGGGUUUUGAUUGAAAGUUUUAUGGUAGUGGAAAUUCAUCCAUCAUACAACCUCUUGAUGGGCAGAGGAUGGAUUCACAGAAUUCAGGGUGUUUCGUUAACCUUACAUCAAGUGAUGCAAUGUUUGGGUCCGGAUGGGACCAAGGUGAUAGAUAUACACGGGGACCAGGUUGCGGCUAAAGAAUGUUAUUCAGUAACUUUGAAAUCUGCUGGAAAAGGAAAAAAUCCCAUCCGUUCAGCCAGCCCAAAAUAG